UUCUUUUGCAAGUGUUAAAUAAAUCAAACGAAAAAGUAAGAAAAUGAGUUCCGAAGGAUUUAAUAAGUUUUCAAGUGUAUCAAAAAUUUUAUUCUCUGAUCGUGGAGAUAAUGCAAUCAAUUUGGCUGUUGAUGCUUUUGUUCAAAUGAUGUUGCAAAGAAAAUCUGUGACUGAGUUAAUCGAACUCUUGCAUUCCAAGCAAAAUUGUGAACUAUAUAACGACAUUCUAAAGACAUUAAAGGAACUAGUGAAGAAAGGUGUAAAAUUACCACCAAGUGAAAAAAAGAAAUUCAUAAUGAGCAUUAGGAACUUUACUGAUGAUGCUCUGAGUGAACAAGCUUAUGAAAUUCUUUCUAAUGAAGAGGCUAUCGAUGAUAGUAGUGAACCUGCCCCCAAGAGGCGCAAAAUUGAUCAGGAUGCCACAGCAAAUCAUGAUAUAAAAGUGCCAAUGGAUGCUUAUGCCGAAGAUAAAGAUGAUGAUCAAUCAAACGGUCAAUUGCAUAUACAAAGUGGUGUAGGAAGACAAUCAAAUGUAUCAGAUGAUUUGGUUAUUCAUGAUGAUUCGGCCAAUAUGGUUAAAAUUCUCAACAAAUCGCGAAAUUAUAGCGAAUUUUUCAAAAUCACACAGCUUAUUAUCAAUUUCCGUUUGAACAAACCAAAAGACACAUCAAUUGAAAAAUGGAUGGAAAACGGAUUUGAUGCUGUCAUUGAGGAAAUUCGGAAGGACUCCAAAUCAAAUGCCGACCGUGUGAUCCUUAAGAUAUUCGUAACAGAAGAACCCACUGAAAAGGCCAUUUAUAUAGGAAUGAGACCCCUGGAUGCACUCACCUCUCACAUAAUUCUCGAAUAUAUGGAAAAGGUAAGUGUAUAAAAAAGAUGAUUAAAAUCUGAUGAAAUUUUCAUAUGUACAAUGAUUACAAUAUUAACUGUUUAUGUACUUCAGGUCCAUCAGAGUACCGAACUGUUUCACUCAUCCGAGGUCCUACAAGUGAGAGCAUACUUGUUUCACCCUAUGGAGGGGCGAG